AUGGAGACUAGUGGGAAAUGUCGAGUGAGCGCGACAGAUGGAAUGAGUUUGUCCCGGGUUGCGCCUCCGAAAAGGCAUGGCAGUGGUCUCCCCAUUGCACGGAAGUCGCGGCAUCGCAUUUCCCUCGUCCUACUUGGCGGUUGUGUCUGGUUGGUCGCCGCACUCCUUCAGCUGACGAGAAACAAUGGCGCUCUGCCAGGUGUACCCGUGGCCUGGGCAGCGCCGGACGACGGAUCAGACAACUCGGACUGUGUAGACGUGCCUGCGUUUUCAUUUGAGGACUUCAACGAGCAGCCCGAUGUUUCUCUGGUUUACACGAACGCGGCAGUAUUCCGGCCGACAAGCAUGUUUCGAACCGUCGGUCUCGUUAGGUUUGUUCGAGUCUUUGGUGUUCCGAUCGUGGCCUCGAGUUCCGUAGGAGAUGCGGCUUUGUCCCAUGCCGCCAGCAUCUUUGCCGAUUUUCUCGACAACGACAGAGACGGCAAACCGGACAACGAAGACGCAGUGAACGCCAUGAGAUCGUACAGUGUCGUUCUUGGGUUCACUAAGGACGCCGAGGAGUCUACCGAGAUGUGGACGAAGAGACUCGAACAGCCGCAAGCGAAACAGUUCCGCGACCAGUACAACUGCAAUCUUCGAUUUUUUGAGCUGUGGCGCUCAGACAUCAAUCCCGUGUGGCACGUGAAGCGAAGAGAGUAUUUCAAAAGCCUAAAAGACCAAGACUUCGUCCCUUCAUCUGACUCCACACAACGACGGAAGCAGUGCGCCGACUUCCGUUCAGAAUCGUUCGACUGGCCCAUCUGGUACUUCCCUUUCACAAUAUCCUACUACGGUCUUCUGGAUUUCUUGACCGACGACCAAGUUAAAGUGCUGGAAGGUGCCAUGCAGAAAGCGAAGCGUCUGCGGAAGUUUGACAGCCACUACGAUGACGAUGCUGAAAUGGAAAAAGGUGACUUUUUUGCCUGGUCCCUCAUCACCAGGAUUGGUGGCACUCAGUGUCACUGCGAUGCCAGCGACGUCGGAGCUACAUGGAAAGUUUGCACCCCCGACGAAUUUGCGUCUCUUUUCGAAGUGUGGGCAUCCGUUCUCGACACCCUCAAAGGACUCCCAAAGCAGAUCUACGAAGCAAUGUAUGCCAGUCCUGCGCUCGCAGGUGCUUCUGAUUCAUGA